UCCAGUCUCUUUUAUUGAGCCGCCACUAGGGGACCACUGGGGUGUGACAGUCCUCCGGGGUGUAACUGUUAACUUGGGUGCGGUGGUUUUGUCGUAUGCAAUAAAAUAUGGCGUCGGAAGCACAAGAGGUUAUAGCCAUUACUGGGGUUUCCGCCGGUCUGGGCCUUGCGAUGGUUAAAUGGUUCAUUUCCAGGGGCCAUACAGUGGUAGGAUGUGCCCGAUCAGCUGAAAAAAUAAGUCAGUUAAACGACGAGUUUUGCAGCGGAAACAAACCCAAGAAGUUUUCUGUAGUCAAUAUUGUUGACGAGACAGAGGUUAAGCAUUGGUCGCAAGAUGUUAUUUCUCGGUUUGGACCGCCAACUUUCCUUCUCAACAACGCCUCUGUGAUAAAUAAUAACAAGAAUUUGUGGGAAAUACCAGCAGAAGAGUUUAACAAAGUUAUUGACGUUAACAUCAAAGGAACCACAAAUGUGAUUCGCUCUUUUGUUCCAGAGAUGAUCAAAGCAGGUAAAGGUAUAGUUGUUAAUUUCAGUUCAGGCUGGGGAAGGAGCGUGGCGCCUCACGAGGCACCUUAUUGUGCUACCAAGUGGGCUAUAGAGGGGCUCUCCAAGGCAAUGGCCCUUGAGUUGCCAGCCCCAUUGGCUUGUAUACCGUUAAACCCAGGAAUCAUCAACACUCCUAUGCUACAGAUUUGCUUUGGAAAACGAGCCGCAGACAUGAGAACACCAGAACAGUGGGCAGAGACAGCUUGUCCAUUUAUCUUAUCUUUAGAUCACUCUCAGAAUGGCAGCAGCCUCACAACUCCUUAGAGGCUCAUGGAAGUGGUACAUAUUUUUGUUUAAAAGUAGUUGGACACCUUUGUUCCUAAAACAGAGUUGGGCCCUGUCUUUCUUCAGUAUAUUUUUUUUUACUCUGUAACACUGAGACAUACGAUGGACCCUUGGUGUUGGUCUCAAGGUGUCUGUUGACUUUUAACAGUUUUGUGUCAAAAAAUAAUGAAUUUUGUAAACUGAAUUGAAAAGGUAUUUUAACAAAAUGGCCAACCCUGACAAUAGGCCAUUUGCACAAUGAGGUUUUACUAUUAGGACCAGAUUCAAUUAAUUUCGUAUUUUCCUUCAUAUUUAAAUUUGGUAAUCCUGGCCCAGUGCGGUUUAAAUGACAAAAACCUUAAUUUGCACAAGUAAGCAAAACCCUGAAGGAUUUUGGUAGUGGUGUUGAAAAAUGAUGCCAUUGUGAACAUGGCCUAUAUUUGUUUGCUGUUAACAGCAUCAAAGCUUGUAAAGCAGGUGCCAGAUUUUAAAAGGCGGAUAGCUUUAUCCAUUGGUGAAAUCUCUAUCCAAUUGCCAAGGCAUUAGGUAUGCAGAAUUGUGAUUUAUCUGUUGGAAAGUGCAAUCCAAGUUUGAACAACUGGGACCAGAGUUAAAUACUAUUGUUAACUCAAAAUUGGCCCUAAGACACAGGCAAUGAUAAACCGGAUCAAACUAAAGUAACCAAUCCUCCAAAAGUAAAGAGGUUACUGGCCAUUUAUUACUGACCAUACAUACAUGUAGUUGGGCCAGUAAUCUGGUAAAGGAUAAAGACAACUGCCUAGUUUCAAACCAAGAGGGGCUGGUACAAGUCUGUUUAUUAUGGGAUAAACGACACAGGACCCAUAUAGUCAGAAAGAACACAUUGAAAUUAGCAACAAUUUCAAGUUUGUUGUUUAUCAGGCCUAUAUUGAACAAGAUACAGCCAUUCAAAAACUCCAAAAUUUACUAAGAAAUAUAUAGACGUCUGAACAAUGUGUCCAGCAAUCCAUACAUCUCUUACAAAUUUUCAAGUUUAUAAAUAGCUGUAUCUUGUUCAACAUUGGCCUGAUUGACACCUAACCUAAAAUUUUUCAUAUGACUAUGUGGGUCUCUUGUUGUUUAUCAUAUAAUAAACCAACUCAUAGCCAGCCCCUCUAGGUUUGAAACUAGGCAGUGGAAAGUAACUUAAGGAGGAAAAGUGAAAGCAACUACUUUGUGAGUAAGUUUCAAAGUAAUUAAGGGAAAUUGUGUCCAGACCUUUUUUCACUACAUAAUAGAGUCCAGACUGUUGUAUAUAAUAAAUAAUUAUUGUAAUGAUUAUUUCGGUAAUAAUAAUACUGAUGCUAUCAUGUGCCAUGCCUUAUAACAA